CAAACAUUGUUGUCAUAUGCUGCCUCAUGUCCUCCAAUAACUUUCGCUUUCGUUCUCUGAAGUGGAAAACCAGUCGGUCGGGUUGAGUCGUGCAGUACAGAGGUCGACAGCUCACACUUCACAGCUCUCUUCUCGGCAAAGUUUGGUUUCAGUUGCUGUUUGGAGAUUCUCUCGCAGUCAUGUCACAUGGACAGGAGCAGACAGUGGACGAGCCAAUGGAAAUUGUCGAAAAUGGGAUUCAGCAAGGUUCCUCUCCAUCAAGCACUGAUGAUGAUCCAAUGUCGGACUGGACUCACAUUCAAAAUGAUCCGGACUUAUAUACAAGCACUGGAAAUCAAGGCUCACCUUCAUUUGAAAUGAAGCGUCUAAACUUCACAUCACACAGAUCAGGCUCACAGCAAAAUGAGGACUUGCAUACAGCAGGUGCUGGAGGUCAUGACUUUAGACCAGCUCAAAACUUUCCAUUGGCUGGAGCACACAGUUCAGGCUCACAGCAAAAUGAGGACUUGCAUACAGCAGGUGCUGGAGGUCAUGACUUUAGACCAGCUCAAAACUUUCCAUUGGCUGGAGCACACAGUUCAGGCUCACAGCAAAAUGAGGCCCUACUUGUUCAGCUGAUGCAAAACAAUCAGCUUUUUAAUGAUCAGGGAAUCAGUGGCCAUGUAAUCACUGAACAACCCAUUGGCUCCAGUGGACAACACCUUUCCACGGUGGGACAUGAUCACCCGCAGACCCCACCUUCAUCAAGCAGUGACGGUCUGUUUCAGGACUUACGUACGGCAGGCGCUGGAGAUCAAGGUUCUAGAAAAACUGUGGCUGACAUUAAACAUCAAAACUUCAAAACACACAGAUCAGACUCACAACAAAACGAGAACCUGCUUACAUCAAGCGCUGAUGGUCAGUUUUCUAAUGGUCAGGUCUUUACAGCAGGCGCUGGAGUUCAAGACCCUAGUACAACUCAAAGCUUCACAUCGGCUGGAGCACACAGUUCAGGCUCAUGGCGAAAUGAGGACUUGCGUACUGCAGGAGCUGAAGGUCAAGACUCUAGAACAACUCCUCAUGGCAGGAAGAAUCAAAGCAACACAAUGGAUCAAACACACAAAUCUGACAAAUCAGAAGAGGACAAUUGUAAAGGUGGUGAUAAAUCACAACCUUCAGCACCACUGGAUACUGCUAAAUUUAUAAUCAAAGUGGACAUGACAGCACCUUUUCCUGACAAAUGGAGUAAGACAUUAGAGAAAGCCCUUCAGAGCUGGUUGCUCAAAAAUGAAGGAACAGCAUCUGUCCUCAGCCUUGAACUCAUGGAUGAUCAGUCCUGUGCAGAGGUGGAGAUAACACCAUCAAGAGCUCUAGAAGCUUUAAAAAAGCCUAAUGGUAUACCUUUGAACAUUAAACAUAAUAAUAAGGAAGUGACUGCAUGGAUUUGCUUGGAUAAAACACCUUCUAAGACUGGACAACAAAACCCCUCCAUGCCGGACAGGAACCAAAUUUUGUCACCAAAGGUGACCAGCCCUGUGCCUGUGAUGUCUGCAGCAUUAAAAGACUCAAACAAUGUUAACGACGUUGUUCCAGCUAACAGUGGACUCAAUGUCCCUCUCUAUCAGUUCUGGUACAUGCAUCACGCUUACAGAAAGGAGUUGGAGCAAAUUGAGAAACGGCAUGGAGUCUCUAUUUUUGCAGAAGUGUCCGUCUCAAUCAAUCCCACCAAGAGUCCAAGCCCUGAUUCUGUGUCUAAAGCCACUGAUGAAGUUCAGACACUUGUUCAGAGAUCUGUGGAUAGUUUUAGUGAUGCUGCCAUUAAUCAUAAUCACUUGGAUUCAGAUAUUGUGAAGGAGGCCCUUCGUCACAUCCAGUCAGAGGAGGAAAAGAUGAUGUUCACCAUGUCUGCCAGUAACUGCCUGUUCUUUGGACCGAAGAAAUUUACAGAUGUAAUUAAGAAAGAGGUAGAAAGAGGUAGCCAAUUCAAUUACAAGUCAAGUCAAAUGGAUGUAGACAACAACUUUUCUCCACAAAUCAGGUCUUCAUUGGACAUGGACAUAAAGGAGCUUCCAACUCAACUUGAGAUGGACAAGAUUUAUUGGGAUCUGAUGAAACUUUCCUAUGAGAAUCAAUUAUCACAGCUUGAAACAAAGUAUGGAGUGACAUUUAAUGAAGAAAAACAGCAGAAAAAUGUAACCAUUAAAGUUCAAGCUCGAUCCAAUGGAGUUCAACGUAUUAAUCUUGAAAGUCAUGCCAUCAGAGCAUUAACACAACUCUACCAGAAACUCGCAUCAGCCGCUGUCACCUGUGAACUCAAAAACCUUAAAGACAAAACUCUUGUGGCAUCAACAGUAGAGAAGCUUCAGCAGCAGCAUCAAUGUGUUGUUGCAGCAGAUGUAUUGAGUCCCUGGAGACUCGUUGGACUGCCAGAGCACCUCGGUCCUGCCAUUGCUGAAAUUGAGAAGAUUCUCAAGAUGAGUGUGUUUGAUGACAAGAUGAAGAAAUCGAUUGGUUACUCAGGGGACAUUCCUCACGCUAGAGGAAUCAAAUGGAAUCAGACGCCUAAUUAUGGAUCAGGAGCAGUAGGAGGAUCAGUACGGGAUGAGGGAGAGAAUUUUAGAAGACAAAGUGAAGAAACUGGAUUCAAUGAAGAUUCAAAACACAGUUCUGGACAUGAGAGUAAAGAUGCUCAUGCUGAAGAGGAGAAAUGUGCUAUUUGUAUGGACAUCUUCACCGACAAGAAAAAACUGAAAUGCGGGCAUGAAUUCUGUCGGGAUUGUAUAAGCGCAUCGGAGAAGAGUCUGGGAUCCAUCUGUCCUGUGUGUAAGGAAGUGUAUGGGACACUGGAGGGAAACCAACCGGAUGGAACAAUGAAGGUAACAAAGAGCAGAUCGAAUCUCCCUGGAUAUCCACAUUGUGGCUCUAUUGAAAUCAACUACUACAUACAUGAUGGUUUUCAAACGGAGAAGCAUCCAAACCCAGGGAAACGUUUUCUUGGGACACAUCGUCAAGCGUACUUGCCUGACAAUUAUGAAGGAAAUGAAGUGCUCUCACUGCUGCACAGGGCUUUUCAACAGAAACUGAUCUUUACUGUCGGGAAAUCUACAACUACCGGCAUGGAUAAUGUGGUCACCUGGAAUGAUAUUCAUCAUAAGACCAGUAGAUCUGGUGGACCUCAAAGUUACGGCUAUCCAGACCCUGACUACCUGAAGAGAGUGAAAGAUGAGUUAAAGGCCAAAGGCAUUGAAUAAGCAUUUGAUUUGUAUGUUCCUGAAUGCAUAUCUAAGCCUGAUAUUUACAAAUAAAUCAUUUUAUGAUCAUUCAAUUUUAUUAUACACAUAUUUUAUAAAUAAUGCUUACAUUCACAAGUAUUCAGACCCUUGAGAAGUUUACUAAAACAAUCUAUAUAUUGAACUUUUUGUGUGAAACUCUAUUCUUCAACCAAUAGGUGAAUAUCCCACCCAACCAUAUACUACCCAGCAGCCCAGUCAAGGUCCUGAUCAGAGUCCUGUUGACAAUCUGUGCUGCUGUUUUAAAAGUGUAGUCGAUUACAACCAACCUGAAAGUCCUGGAACAAAUCUGUUGAGAUAUAUAAAUUACUCCCAGUCAUUUUGCAAUGCUGACAGAUACUUGCCCAAACAUCUUAAAGUUGUUAUUACAGCAAAGAAAGGGCUAGAAAUAAUAUUAAUAUAAAGGGUUUAAAUACUUAUGCAAGUAGAAUAUUUCUGUUUUUCAUUUUCUUUUGAAUAUCUACUCAGAAACACCUAAUAUUAGCUUUACUUGGAGCAGAUGAAUAUGCAAUAAAAAUUAUUGGUAAAAUGUGUAUGUCAGUGUAUAAUAAAAUAACAUUUUCAGUGGGUCUAAGUGCUUUUCCCAUGCACUUUAUACAUGUAUGUAUGCUUUUAAUUAUUUUAAGGUGAUGGGCUUUCAUGAUGUUUAAUUGUAAUAAAUGUUUUAGCCUCGAGUUUUCUUAUGAUUUUCAUGCUGAACAGUCAAGUGAGCGUAUAAAGUACAAUUGAAGGCACUUGUGUUUUUGUCAUGAUCAUGUGUAGUGCUUUUUUAAACAUGGGACUAUUGAAAAACUUAUAUUAAUGUGAUUACAAUUAGUAAAUUAUAAAUAAAUUAUAAAUAGUACAAAUCAGUGAAGAUAUGAUUAAUGGGAAUACGAUGGUUCAGCUUGAUGUUUCACCUUGUCUUUUGUAAGCUGCCUCUGAAAUGUCAUAUUGCUUUUCCUUUUAAAAUGUUUGCUUUUUCCCAGUAAAUCUCUCAAUAUUUUAGCUCUUGAUUUCAGAAAGAAAAAGACAAUCUCAGAUCACAUUCUAAUGAUGCAUCUUGAUUUUUGUUCAGUCGUGAUGAAAAUGUCAACUUUUAUAGAACAAAUUAUUUCUAGUUCUAAGUUUUGGAAUUUUUUUUUAAGACAUAUUGUAAACAUAUUGUCACAAAUAAAAAAAAAAAUCAUAAUUUUCA